AUGUCUAGCUCUUCCAGACGCGACGUUCGCUUCGCCCCAGAACCGCGCCCAUCUGGCAGGAGGCUUGAAGUACCGCCCCGGGAUGCCUACGGCAGAAGCCACCACGCGCCGCCGUCCAGCAGCUCCCGGAGCCAGCCGCCGCCGAGCUCCUCCAUGACCCUUCCCAUCCGGUCCGCAGGCCCGCCGAGUUCGAGCUCUUCGAGCCGGCACGCUCCAGCGGCCGACGCCGCCGGUGCGCCGCCCGGAAUCCCGCCGGCUCCUUGCACCUACACCGACGACAUGCUCGACUACUUCGAGGAGGAGAACGAAGAACAUGUGACGCAGCAGCACCUCAUCAACGCUUCGGACCAUGUCAUCAACACGUUGAAGAAGGCCGGGAUUCGAUAUGGUAUUCUGGGGGGCUUGGGCAUGGUCCUUCUCGGCAACCAGGGACGCACGACGAGGGAUGCCGACAUUGCUGUCGAGGUGAAGGUCAAGGACCUGUUGGCUGUCUUUGCUCAUGACAAGCGGGUCUACGUGCCCCGCGCUCAGACCGUUGCCGGGGCUGGUGUCGCCAGGAUCUUCGUCCUCACAGGUCCUGAAUUUGGAGAGAAGGUGCGUCGUCUAGCUGUGGAGGUCGAUCUAAUUCUGAAUGGAGAGCGGGGCACGCCGAGAGACCUCUCUGGCGCAACUGAGACGAUCUCUGUAACCACCAAUCAGGGCCGGCGCGAGUGGAAGGUCCUCAAGCUCAAGUACUUCUUCAAGGGCAAGCUGAGGUCCUUCUACAACCGAGAGGGCCCCAACGACUACAAGGACCUGUGCUGGAUGAUAUUCCAGCACUCCGACAAGGUCAGCAGGGUAGCGCCGGACCUGGACGAGGACCUCAGGCGCAACUUUGCCGACGCGUACGCCGAGAGAGAGCGCAACCCGAGUCGUGUCGAGUAUGUCGAGGAGGUGCUUGGGCUGAGAACCCCGAAGAACGCGUCCGGUCGGGACCCUGGUGGCUCCAGUUCUCGCUCGGUUGACCCCCGUGCCUCGGACGCCCGCCGCGCCGACCCCCGUUACGCUGACCCGCGCUACGCUGACCCCCGUUACGCGGACUCGCGCUACACGGACCCGCGCUACGCUGACCCGCGUUACGCUGACCCCCGUUAUAUGAGCUCAAGCUCGCGCUCAGUCGACCCCCGCCGUGUUGACCCCUAUGCGAGCACCAAGAGACGCUGAGUUCGAGGUUUGAUACUACUCCUCCACUAGCUGAGGUAAGGUAGAUAGCUGCCAAGCACCACCUCAGCAGCAGGUCAGGCACCAACAGGAAUAUCG